GUAACAUGAAAAAAACAGGCGCUAUUUAUAUAUUUAUACUAUUUUGGUUAAUGAAAAUGGAGUAAAAAUUAUAACGCUCAACGCCGCGGAAUCCUAUAAUCGUAAAUUUAGCCUUGUCUGCUGAAGAACCUCCGGGUUCUUACGGUAUACCACGGAUUAUAUAUUCAUCAUCGUAUCUUCUUCAUUAAAUUUCGUAUUUAUCUACUGUAUUUAGUUCCGGUUAACACACCAAUCACAGUUUAUCGAACCGUGACGGGAGAAAUUACGUUUUUAAACCGGAAUCCUUAUUUGCUACUUAAAACUGCAAUAGAUGACUGGGAUUUGAUAAUAAUUAUUAACUUAUAUUAGACAAUUUAACAAUGGAGGGUGGAGGUGUGCUAACAGCUGAACGUAGUCCAGCUCGUGCUAAUUUGCACGUUGCAUUCACUGAAAAAGGAGAAGUGAAAGAACGUAGAGAGAAGUUCCUCACAGCCAAAUAUGGAUCACAUCAAAUGUCUCUCAUUCGUAAAAGACUUGCUGUUGAAAUGUGGCUUUUUGAUGAAUUACAGAAACUAUAUGAGUCUGUAAAUGAAACUGGGAAAAGCAGGGAAGUUGAGGUUGACAUAGAUGAAUUACUCGACAUGGAUAGCGAUGAUCACAGACGAAGUUAUCUACAAGAGCUAUUGGUAGAUGCAAAAAAACCUCCCCAUGAUGUGAAAAAAUUCAUUAACGAUUUGCUUGAGAAGGCUAAAACACUCUGAAGAGUGUACCGCAUCUGCCAUGGGCCUGGUGAACUUCUAUAACGAGUCACAAAAUUUGCUCACUUCCAGAACGUGACAUAGAUGUGACAAAUCAGACCUAGUGAGUUGUGACCAUAGAAAUUUGAAGCUAAUGCAACGCAACUAUGUUGGACAGAACUCGCUGUGGCAAGAAUCAAUGACUACUGGAAACUAAGUAUUAGCAUUUGACUCGACAUAUUUUUUAUUCGCGUAAAUGUUUCAUAUUUAAGACAUAACAAAAAAAAAUGAACAAAGAAAAACAAGAACAUUUUUAGAGCCACCACUGAGACAAUGCAGAGGAAAAUUUUUUAUUCUGAUUUUGGGUGCUCGUAGCAUGCAAAGCUAAAGAGCUACUAGUUUAGGAUGUGACCCUUUUGGAAAAUUGUUCUGAAGUAGCGUAGAACCUCGUUCAUAAAAUAUCCAGAACCAGUGUCCUUCCGUAAUAGCGAAAAAAGUGAGGUUUGCAUAAAGAAAACGAACGAAAGACGCGCAAUAAAAAAAAAGUUUAAAAAACUGCACGCGCCUUAAGAUUACGAAAAUUACAUGUUAUUCUUCUAACAAACUAUGAUGCAGGUAUGCCAAUUAUUAGGGAAUCAUUCUUAAAAAAUUAAGGUACAAAGAUGUUAAGAGCAAUAGGAAACCAGUUUUAACGUAAAUUCAAUGUUUUAGAAUGUUCAAAGAAUGUCCAAAAGUCAAAACUAGUUCGGCAGGGAUAAUUAUACAUACAUGCAUACCCUCAGCUAAAAUCACGACUAGUGGCGCGUUAAUCACGAUUUAACGUUAACAUCAACAAUUAUCUCAUCGCGAUAGCAAACCUCGUGCGAAGUAUAAAAAAGUAUAUUAAUGAAAUUAACAAUCAUUGUCGAUUCAUUUUGACGUAAUAUCGGUUCAAAGUGCCAAAUAGGUAAUAAUAUACAUGAAAACGUAUCGUACGCUAUUUAACAAAUCUUUUUCGUAUUUUAUUUUUCCUGAAACACGUACAUAAAAUAUAGGAAAAGAUUAAAAGAAAAAAGAAAAAGCCUGCCUCAGCAGUUAGACAAACAUAACAAAACAUACGAUCUAUGGAAACUGGUGUAAAACGUAGUAUUGAACUUUAUCAUUUGUCAAGGGUCGAAGGUCAGGAAAGAUUCCGUAUGAUGAACUCGCAUGCUUUACGCGAACUCACAUUCUGCACUCUUAAUAUAACCAAAUAAUGGUUACAUUCCUCUGAUACCACAAUCAGCUAUCUAACAGAUCUUGCACUAUAGGCAGGAAACCAAUAAUCCUUUUUUAUAAAUCAUUCAGUAUCGAAGGUAAUCCUUAUUUCGCGAAAUAUUCGUCUAUGAGUAUCUUGCGGUCUUUUUAUAACGAAAAUUAUCUUUUUUCAAUUUAACGCAAUCUUUCACCAGUUUCCUUUGUCUCGUAUCUGCGUAGGAAACUUUAUUUCAUCGGCCAGGCGGUAUAACUUAGUUUAAAAUCCCUAAGGUAGAUAUUUAAAUCUGUAUAUCAACUGUUUGCUUUAUAGAUACAUAUCUCUCAGUUUAUGUCACUUGAAAUAUCUCGUAUAAUCAGCGAGCAUAUGGAUGAUAAACACUGAGACGACGUUGAUGUUAUAUCACAUUUGCUAUUUAAGAUAAAAUAGCAAGAAGAAAAAAGGAAAAAAAGUGUUCGGAACGAACUAAGUAGUAGCUUACGAGAAAUGUAUUAGGUGGAGUUGAUAAGUAAUUGUAUACAAGCAACGUUUUUGAUUACAUUGGCACGUCCUUAGAGCUUCCUACAUUGUGACUAAAAAAAAUGAUUUCCGUGGACUCUGCUGUGUAAAAUAACCAGAAUCUCUUUUAUAUUAAUAAAAAUGAAACUUUAAGUGGCUGCUUUUGGAAAUGUUGUAAUUCAUAACGCGGCGAUGCGUCACUUGAAUGUUGUCGUCGUUUAUAUACGUAUUGCCAAAGACUUUAUUUCUUUUGCUUACUUUAAAUAACAAAGCGAUUCCGUAAAUUCGUAAAUAACGAUCUUCCUUUGCGAUUGAUCUCGUGAAUUUUGCAAUCAAGAAAAUCUCAGUACUUCUAAUUGUAGUACACAACGUUGUAUGGUGUAAAGAUAUUUGUUGCGAUGGAAAGCUGUGAUAAUUCAUACCAAACGGUAAAAUGGUGCUUGAAAGGGAAAUCGGUUUGAAAAAUGGUAGUAACGUCUUUUGAGUUUACUGAUGUGAAAAUCUUUCGUUUCGUUCAAUGUAAAGAUAAGAAGGAAACAAAAAUUUACAAUUCAAACGAGAUACGAUCGUGACAAUUCUAACAGCAUAAUUUGCAGUUGUCAUUAUGCUAAAGUUAUGAUAUUAAUGUAAUGUAAAAAAUUGCACUGCAUUUAAUGAAAUCAAAGAAAUUCCGAAAAAUUAAUCACAAAUCAAGACAGACCCAUUCUCAAUUUUCUUAUUGCAACAUAAGAAAACUCUAACGUUCAAUUAAUUGCUGUUUCUUAAAAUACGAAGUGGUAUGACCUCGUUAACCGUAUUAACGAAGCAAGUUAAUAUACUAAAACACAAGACGUUCCUCCUUUCUAACUAAUUUCACAAUUAUGAAUAAAUUCAUAAGUUAAUUAAGAUUCUUUCGUUUGAAGAUCUUCACUUAUUUGCAUGCCUGUCAUUUGUGUAUGGCACACACAAUAUUUUCUAAUUUCUUUUUCAAACCCUAUUAAGAAUGAAUUUCCGACAUCUUAGAGGUCUGGAUAUAACUAAAAUUAUAACGUAUGUAGAAGGCACUCAUUUAUUUAGUGUUUUCAGGUAUUAUAGCUUCUUUCGAUUUUCUUGCCACAAUGGAGCAACGAUGUCGUUAACUUAUACUCUGAUACUUAAGAAUUAGAUAUAUCAGCGUUUACGUAUAUAUUCGAACAGCGUUAACGAAUUAUUUAGUAUGAGCUUUCUUUAUGCGAAACAUUUAACACGAAGAUGACAGAAAUAAUCCAGGAUGAUCUGUAGCGACAAACAAUUAUUCUAUAUGUAUAACUUUUAAACAAGUCUGGUUUAUACUCUAUCCUUUUCUACGAAGGCACACAUAUUACUUUUAUUAUCAAGUAAAUAAGUAUACUAUAUAUUUUAAUGUAUAUUCGUCGAAAAUAACGAGCCAAUGAGUUCAAAAAAAAAAAAAUUGUGUUCUCACACCUUGAUGUGUUUGUCACAAUGUAUACAGGGAAAGCCCAGCAAAGACUAGUAUAAUGCGAUUGCGAAAUUAUACAGUGAAUUGUAUAAAAUUACAAAACAAUAUUAAUUACAAUCAGUCGUACUGCGCACGAAUAAAUACUGUUGAUAACAAUCGAUACGAUUGCUCAUCCUAGAAGUUCAUGAAGUUUCAUUGCGCGAAAACAAUAAGUAUCGUUACUCUGCACAAUUUUGAAAAAUGUCAUUUGAUACCUUGUGUUCUAUUAAUUUGAUAAAAAAGAUCAUGAUCAAUGUCCAUUAAUUACGCGAUAACCAUGACUAUUGUAAUAUUGACUGCACAAAAGUUAUUGUAUUACGUCGCAAAAUACGAAUUAGAAAAUAAUCAAGCUUAACGCAACAAAUCUUUUUGUAAAUGUAACGUGCAUAACGAACCAGAUAUGUCAUGUUUCAUUAAUAUAAUUUUUUGAAUAAGAUUUUCCUUUUUUUUCUAUUCUAAUAAGUUAUGUAAUAUCACCGUCUUAAUCGACAAUGAAAAGACUAUUUUCGUGACUCGUUACAGAAUUUUUUUCGAGAUUCUUUGUAUCUCGACAGUCGCACAAAUAUUAAUUUUGCCUUUUAGUUGAUAACUUUUAGACUUAGACUGUAUUGGAGUAAGAUAUUCAAUUUUUCUUUGCAAUAAAUCUAAUAAAAUUCGCUCGACUGUUACUAUACGUAUUUUAAAAAAACACAGCGUCCCUAUCGACAGGAUGAGCUAGGCUAAAGACAUUGGCUGAAAAAAAAAAGUAAUCUCCCACAUAUUCACUAUUGCAAGGCAUACAUGCGUGACAAGACAGCAUACAGCGUGACAAGAUACUCGAUCAUCGUACGCAAAUACAAUGUCUGAUACUAAGAAAGCAAAAAACAAAAUUAAUGGAAAACGUGAUACUCCGAUUCAUUAUACUGUGAUAUGUUUUUCUUGCCGUUCAGCUACAGUACAUUUAGAAAGUGGCAAAAUGUAACGACCAAAGAGUACCCCGAUAAAACUAUUUAUAGGGAUCAAAGAAAACAUGUUUUAGAAAUUAGAUAUUUCAAUCAUCACGACAUUUGAUUGAGGAAUUAUCGAUGCUAUUUAGCGCUAUGAGAUCAUUACUGUAACGGCUAUUUUAAUAGAUGUUUUUUUUUUUAAAUCGUCUCGAUUCGAUACAGAUUAAUUUUCGAAAAUGUACUCACGCCAAUACUCAUAAUGAUUUAUGAAAGUCAUUACCUCAAUAACGAAUCGUUCAAAUGGCUCAUCGAAGUGUCUUUUUUUGCACAAAAAAAUGAAAAAUCUCGCUGAUUUCACGCAGCGACGUACCUCUGCAAUCAUGAAGAAUAAGAGAACGUGUAACCCAGGAAAUACGUAACAAGAUAAAAACCCACUUGUAGGGUUUUACAUUAGAGAUUUAUCUAUUCUAGAUGACAAACACGUAUUUAGAGUCCCAUUGGGAUAAACGCAACGUUAUUAGAUUUAAUAUAUUUAAUUCUAAUUUUUUAUUGUAAUCGUAUAGUUUCUUUUUUUAAAUGUAAGAAAUAAUCACUGUUCUUAGCAGAAGGUAUUUCGUAGUUUUCUUUUUUUUCCUCAAACGAUAAUUUACUUAGCUACAAGUUAGAACCCCAACGUACACGUGUCUAAUGUAUUUUAUAUGCUUAAAGCUAAAUCUCGCGCGUUAUCAUCAGACGUUAUUAAAUUGUGUCAAAAUCACUCAUUGGAAUAUUCAAAUAAAAGGUCAAUGUAAAACAAAGGAAA